CCAACGGCACUGUCAAGAUGAAGCUGGCCUACGACCGGCUACGGCGAGUCAAGGUAGACGACUUCACCAUGAACAUUCACGAGCAGCUGAAGAACUUGGAUCAGAUAUGGUUGGCUCGUAUUCUUGCAGACCUGGCAGGACAGCACACAGGAAUACUCACAGCGCCCAAUACUCAGCAGCAGCUCGACCUGGGCGACAACACCGACGGCACCGCUCAAAUGUUGAUCGAGCUCCUGAGACCACUGAUGGACGUCGACUCACUGCACAUCACCUUUCAGCCGAACAGCUUGGAGACAUCCAACACCACCUCGAUAGAUGACAGCCCGUUUCGAGUUACCUUCCUCGGCGCAGAUAUCGACAAGUGGGAAUCUUCGGCAUUAGAACGACUUGACGGACUCACUCCAGCACAGCAGCAUCACGGCAUUCGAGGACACAAGUGGCUUAUCGUGGCUCAAGGUCAUGCACCACCACCUACAAUGGAGGAAGACGCUGAGCGGAGGAUCCUACCGAGGCUCAAGCUCAUCACCACACCUCCGAGCUUCGACUUCACCAAGUUGAGGCAACAGCUGAAGGAGACGGAGUCCGACGCCGAACGAUUCCGCCUGCUGAAGGGUCUUCAUGAACGACUUCGGCACGAGCAGCUACCAGGCAUGGAGAAGUUUUUCAGGCGGCUCGGUGUACCGGACAAGUGUCUGGAGCUGGCCAAGCAGGUCAUUGCGGCAUGUGAGGAGUGCAACGACUGGGCACCCAUAGCGACCAAGCCCAAGUAUCGAGCAGAGUUGGCAGGUUGGUUCGGCGAAGUCAUGGUGUGCGACCUCUUCUUCAUAUUUGGUAAGACCUUCCUGCUCAUGGUCGACGAGGCGAUCAGAUGGAAGUUGGCCGAAGUACUACCCAAGAAGGACGCGUUCCACAUAGCCCAGGCAAUGCUACGAGCUUGGUUUCGAUACUUCGGACCUCCUAAGUGCAUCAAGUUCGAUCAAGAAGGCGGCGUUCGCUCAGACGACUUUGCAGUGGUGUGCGACCGCUACAGCAUACACAGACAGCUGGGCGGCUCGGAUGAUUCAGGCAAGCACACAGUCACGGGGCUUGCAGAACGACACAUCGGCCUCAUCAAGACAUCGUCGUUGAAGUGCAAGACCAGUGCGGCCAAGCAAGGUCUCGUGGUGCCCGACGAGGACAUAGUGUUCGAGUGUACGACGUGCCAGAACUUUAUGCUUGAGUACGGUGGAUACACACCAUCUCAGUGCUUGCAAGGACAGAAUCCUCGUGGCUUCUUUGAUCACGGCUCCAACUCCACUCUUGCCAUCGACGGCGCGCGCGACACGACACCAGACACCUUCGAGUCCUACCUCAGGCUCAGGAUGAUGGCCAAGGCGGCAGUUCAGAAGGCAGUCAUCGAGCAGCGCAUCGCAGAGGCUAACAACACCAAGGUGCAGAUCCUUUCAGACGUGGCCAAGCUACGACCCUUGCAAGACUUCGUCGAUCUGUACCGAGUUCCUGAUCGCAAGGACGCGCCCGGGUGGAGAGGACCGUGCGACCUACUGGACAUCAACCUGAAGGAGAACGUGGCACGAUCGUAUGCGGUCACAGUGGCGUGCCCACCGACUCACAUGCUGAUGGACGGAGAAGGUGGAUGGCAGGACAACAUGCAUGACGAUGUGUACACGACAUUGCACGGCUUACUUGACAUCGUUGAUGGCCAGGCACCAGGCACCACGAUCACGGUUGGAAUGGUUCACGACGCCAGCGGUAUGCAGAUUGUUGUGCCGAACGACUUCGAGAUCUACACUCCCGAGGUCUUUCGUCUGGCAGCUCAAGUAGGCGAGGUUAUGCUACAGCUGGCGGCUCCAAGGGCCAUCAGGUUCGGCACGCAACUGCACAACAUCAACACCUAUCACGGCAUCAAUCGAGGAGUCAUCCUAGCAUGGGUUCGACGAGAUCGACUCAGCUACCAAGUACGACAAGUGGACCUGGGACAUACUCUGCGGCUGGCGACUAUCUUGCCAGACGCGCCGAGCAACUACUCGUUCAUCAUCUAUGUCUCAGAGCAGUACGAGGACACGGUUGUUCAGGACGCAGCACCAGACCUUUCGGACAUCUCGAGCAUUGAGCGGAUAGACGAC